AGUCGCAGAUGUGUGGGGUCCUUUGCUUCCCCCUGCUGACACCCUGAAACGGCGCAGGGUGGGCUGUGGCUCCAGCCAGCUGUGGGAGUGGGGAAACUACUGAGGAUGGGCUCUGCUGGCAGUCGCUCCCGCAUCCCACAGCUCCCACGGUGCUGCCGCCGAGAGGUGUGCAAGCGGGCGGCCAGAAGCAAGAAAAGCAACGCAGCCACUCCUCAGCCUCACUGCCAACAGGCAGGGGCUUGGGGAGCCAAGAGUGACUUUGGGGUCCCACCAGAGAGGGCUCUUCCAGUCAGCUUUCACUGAAGGUCGGAUUUGCGGUUCCUCUACCUGGUCUCCCACGUGCACAAGUGAACAGAUUUGGCAGCCACAAGGCUCUCAGACGUCUCAGAGGCUCUUCACAAUGGCUGCUGGCCUGGAGAAAGCCUGCCACCGCUGCAUAUCUAAAAUUGCCAGCAACGCAUGCUUCAUAUUUGGGCUUCUUGCUUUCCUUGCCUUACCACUGUCCAUGACUUUUAUAGGAAUGAAGUUUUUGGAAGACUGCCCAGUUCAGCCACUAAUUCCAUUAUAUCUGUUGGUGGGAGGCGUGAUUGGCAGCUUAAAGGUGACUCUCCUGCUCUAUGACUCAACCAGGAUGAGGCAGCUGCUUUCCAAGUCUGUUGUGAUUGACGAUGAUGAUGACGACGAAUAUCCCUGGAGGCAGAAUGCUCACAAGUACUACAUCCAUCUAACCCUCAGCCUUUUCCUCUUUCUGUGGUUCAUUCUUGGGAACUACUGGGUUUUUUCUGUGUACCUGCCAAAUUUUAUCCCACCUUUCCAUCAGCCUCAGGAUUACUGCGACAAAACCCUGUACAUUUUUGCUGUUGGUGUGCUCAUUAUUAGCCAUACUGUUCUCUUUCUCCUUGUCUUUUGUAGCUGCUGCAUAUACUGUUUUUCCAGGCAAAGGUACUCUUCUGAGGAAGACUAAAUGCCACAUAAGUAAAGCCCCAGAUGUUUGGGAAAGAGUGUACACCAAUGAACAGGCAAUAGGUCACCCCUGUGUACAUCUUUAUUGCACUCCAUCUGUGUAUGAUAGCAGUCAGCUGCAAGAGGAAAUUGUAAAGUGCAGUGGCAUCUGGAAACAGCUAAGCUGGAACACAGCACAGUCAAUGUAAAAUUGAUGCUGCAGAUACCAGCCUGCAUUCCUGCUAACUUCCACAUGCCCUUUUUAACUCUUGGAUAGUCUUUAUGGAAUAAGCUUUUGCAGAGGGCAAGCCCCUCUAAACCCAGGUCCCCUUAUGUUGUUUCAGCAUAGAACAUCUUUGCCUAUAAAAAUAGCCCUGUUGUCCUCUUCCCUGGGAUCUGAAGGACUCCACAACCUUGCUGAGGUAUAUCACUGUCUCUGUUACAGAUCACAGAAUCACAGAAACAUUUCAGUUGGAAAAGACCACCAGGAUCAUCAGGUCCAAACGUUAUCCUAGCUGCUGUAAUAUAUCCUCAAGCACCACAUCCAAACAGCUUUUUAACAGAUCCAGGGUUGGUGACUCAACCACCUCCCUGGGUAGCUCAUUCCAAUGCCUGACCACUCUUGCUGGGAAAAAUAUGUUUCCUAAUGUCCAGUCUAAACCUACCCAGUCAUAGCUUGAGGCCAUUCCCUCUUGUUUUAUCACUAAUUACCUGUGAGAAGAGACCAGCAGCAGCCUCUCCACAAUCUCCUUUCAAGUAGCUGUAGACAGCAAUGAGAUGUCCCCCUGUUCUCUUGUUUUUCCUAAUCAUCUCAUGAUCACUGAGCCCCAGAUGGUUAUCAGCCUUUACUUCCCCCACGGGUUCUUCUCUUCACAAGGGAACCUUCAUGAGGGAGUUGAGACAAAAAGGUAAAGGGCUGUAUUCAGACCACCUUGCACACCUCAUGGACUCUGGCAGUAACUUAGAUGUUCACUACAGAUCUAUUCAGAGUGCUUAGACCAGCCAGUAAGCAGUCAGAGAGCAAUAUAAGCACAUACAAAAAGCAGUCUGAAUAUGGCCUUCAGGUCUCUUUUGAACUUGGAUUAGAAAGCAUCUCUAUCUAACUUUGGUGCUAAAGCAUAUUUCCUGUACGCACCUCCAACACAUCCAGAGCCAAGCCAACAUGCACGUCUGCAGCAGAACAAGAAACCGAGUCACUGAGUGUGAGACAGAAUCAUAGAGAGGUUUGGACUGGAAGGAACUUCAAAAGGUCAUCUAGUCCAAACGCCCCUGCAGUGAGCAAGGACAUCCUCAACCAGAUCAGCUUGUCUAACCUGACCCCCACUGUUUCCAGGGAUGGGGCAUCUACCACCUCUCUAGGCAACCCGUGACAGUGUUUUACCACCCCCAUUGUGAAAAAUGUAUUCCUUUUAUCUAUUCUAAAUCUCUCCUUUUAGUUUAAAACCAUUACCCCUUUGUCCCAUUGUAAAAAACACUGUCCCCAACUUUCUCACAGGCCCCUUUAUGUACUGAAAGGCUGUGAUUAGCUCUCCCCGGAGCCUUCUCCAGUCUGAACAACCCCAACUCUCUCAGCCCUUUUUCACAGAAGUAUCACCAUCCCUCUGUGUUUGUGGCCCUCCUCUGAACCUGCUCCAACACGUUCAAGUCCUUCUUGUGCUGAGGACUCCAUAGCUGGACACAAUACUCCAGGUGGGGUCUCACCAGUUCUGAACAGAGCAGCAGAAUCACCUCCCUCCACCUGCUGGCCCACUUCUCAUGCAGCUCAGGAUACAACUGGCUUUCUGGACUGUGAGUGCAUGUUGUCAGCUCCUGUUCAUCUUUUUAUCAACCAGUACCCUCCGCUGCUUCUCCGCAUGGCUGCAACUAAGGUUCAAGCGUUCCUCAGUCUGGGAAGACUCCUUCCAUUUUCUGCACAGCAGUAAUUUGUCAGUACCACACCAGCACAAAGACAGCUGUCAUGCCAUUGCAACCAAAUUAAAAGAAAAAUGGAUGAGGCUAUGUUAGUAUUUUAAACAUAUACCACAGUAAUAAGAUAUGGGUGGGAAUGUGAGAAAUUCAGGUGGCUGCAUUCACAGCAGUAGUUCUCUGUGGUGUGAGUGUGAGCGUGCACUUGAUUUGUUCACCUUGGUGCUGUACACAUGGACAUCUGUAAUUAAAUGGACAGUGCUAACACCUUUUAGUCAACAGCAGUGACUUUUGUCAGGUGACAAAAGCAACAGCAUACACAGAGACAGCUGUUUUGUGACAGGUAAUGGAAUGAUCUCGUAACUGGACCUGGUAGAUUGUUUCUUCAUGUGCUGAUGAAUGCAGUGCAAAGAUGCUCCUUCUGCUUUUGCCUCUAUGCAUUUCUGUUAGUUGAAGGGGCUCCCCUCUGUGUAAGCAUGAGCAAGAGGGUGUGUUUUCUAGGCACUUUUUCUCUUAAAACCCAGGCAGUUGGAACCUACAUUUUUAGAGAAAGCUAAAUAAUGCCUGUGAGAGGCUGAGAUCCAUGAAACGACCCUCAACAAUAUGCCACAGCUGAGCAGGCUCUGCUCAACCAUCCUUCCUGGGACUUAGGCUGAACACAGAGUAACAUCUGCAGCAACCACCUUCAACCACAAAUAUUUAUCUCAGAGGCUACUGCACUGACAAUUAAGGGUACAUUUGGACUGUAAGAAUUUUAAUUCAAGCUCUGUUUUUAAGAACUGUUUAUUUCCAGAAAACUAAAGAAGGCAGGACAAAGAGUAACAUAAUCUGACAAGAGGGCAGCAUCAGUGUAACAUUCCCCUGUCUCUGAAUGGAAGAAAAUAUCAUUGUCAAAA